CACGUGCUCGAAUUCCGCCCGAGAACUGAGAGCAGAGGCGCAGCUGCAGUUUGCUGCGUUUCUCCACCUCGCGACCCAGUCUGCACUCCGGCGUUUGGGGUCUGUUGCGGCGUAUUUCCGCCACUCGACCGGUGUGUGAGUUGCCCGCUUUUCGCCAAACUUUUUUUGACGGUGAAAGAAUUUUCGAGUUCUGGAUCCGAUUCGAGAACGUUUCUUCCUCUGAUUCAGUCACACAACUCAGGAAACCGCUGGAAAAGCCCGGCGAGGGGAGGAGAGACCCACGGUGGUUCGCGGCGUUCGCAGGGAGACAGACCUGACCGGUCUUCACCUUGGAUCGUACUCGUUCUCGUUGAGAGCCAAAUCUGAAAAGACAACAAAGGAUCCCAUCCAUUUGUUCACAGACUCGCGACUUCGUGCUGUAUAGGCGGUCGCCGGUGUGCGGGGUGUCGAAGCGCGUUCUUCGCUUCGGGCUCCCACUUCUGCGUCUUUGGCGUGUGCUUUCUGGACUCUUUGCCGUGUGCUAUUCUCUCAAAUUUCCCAUUUCUCUCCGUCGCUCUUUUCCCUCUUACGAAUGCAGCCUUUCCUUGAGGUUAGCAGGGCGCUCUCUUAGUCGCGAAAACGCGCCGCUUCUCUCCGUCUGCGCGAAAGUCCUGGUCUGCAUCCGUUCCCCGUUGAUUUCUUUUCCGCUUCUUCCUUUCCUCCAACGUCUCUCCCCUUCACGUCGAUUCAGUGGCUUUCCGAUUAGGUUGCGAGAUUCAAGGGCCCCGUCGCGACGAAGUGGACAAAAGUCUCUUCUGUUACUCCCUCGGGGUUAUGCCCAGUGGAUUUCAGUCGCCUCCAUUUGCUUCCUCAGGUUCCUCAACUCUCGCUUUUCCUUCUCCGUGUCUUUGGGUGUAGCUCUCGCUAUCUUUUGGUUAUCCACUAGCCGCCGGCCAGCUUAUCGCGUGUGUUUCACCUCUCCUUUACAUUCACCUUUCGCCUUCCACUGCUGCGCUCUUCCCUCCUCUCUGUGCCUGUUCCACGUCGCUUUCUUCUUGGGUUAACUCUAUACCCCACUUCUCACUUUCUCUCUUCUCUCUCUUCUCUCUCUUUUCUCCCUGUGCCGCAUUUCCCCCUUGCUCCUUCUCUUCCUCAGUGUUCCAUGUUCUCACAAUGGUCCUGAACGAAGGGAGUCGGUCUGAAGUGUCUUCGCCUUCCGGCGUCUCUCCCUCUGCGGACGUGGUCUCGGCACUGGCUGCGAGCGGAAAGAACGACGAUGAACUGGGGUACAUGGGAGAAGGCGUCUCCCUGGGGAGACAAGAGGAGGACGAGGCGGAGCUCGAGCACUUUGCGAGUGUGCGGCAGGCGUUUGAGCUGUACGAACAGGAUGCGCUGAUGGAGGUGCACCGAAUCGAGAGGCAUUUGCGGCGCCUCGCUCCCGAAGACAAAGCACUGCUUCAGGAGUCAAUCGACUCGCGAAUUGCCCGUUUGAAGGACGCCGUCUCCUGCAACCAGGCCUUCAUCAACCUGCUCCUCAUUGCGAGCGACAACAGCAACAUGCAGCCGCCCGGCGCAUGCCCACCAGGCUGCUUGCACGAAGAUGGAGAGGAGACCGCAAAGAGUGGAGCGCCAUGCAGUGGACACGAGGGCCGGGGCGGCUGCACCUGCCACCCUGCCGCGAGUGUUGCCCUCGAAGGAGCAACAGGAAGGACCUGCGAGGGCGAAGCGCGAGACGGAACCUGCAUGCACGCAAGCGGAGACGCGGACUGCGACGCGAAGGAGGCGUCGACGGAGGCGAGAGACGUGACCAGUGAAGAGAAGAAGGGCACCGCGAGGGAGAAGAAGAAUGGGCCAACGAAGGAGAGAGAGGAGACGGGGCGCGGCGGAUCCGGAAAGAAGAAGAAGAGGAAAGGCAAGUCGAGUGCCACCCAGCGACGCGGACAAACCAGUGAAUUCAAGCCUGAGGUCCAAUCACCCAGUCCAGGCUUUCCGUCUGUACAGAAACCCGACUGUUGCGGCUCCCACCGCGGCAGCGCCCAGGCGCCCUCGGAGCGAAGCUCCGUGAAUCCAACCGACUGUUUCUCCUUCGAAGUCGACCACGAAAAACUCGUCAGAAACAUGUCUAAGGUGAGGAGCACGCUGCGACAAUUUGUUCGCGACUGGUCAGACGAGGGAAGAGAAGAGCGCGAAGCGGCCUAUGGACCGUUGCUGGAGGCGCUGGAGACUCGGCUGCCGAUCCGCGACCAGUCCAAUCCUCCCAGGGUUCUUUGUCCGGGUUCCGGAUUGGGGCGUCUCCCGUUCGAAGUGACGCGGCGGGGCUACGCGUGUCAAGGCAACGAGUUUUCCUACUUCAUGCUAAUGGGCUCUGAUUUCAUUUUAAACCACGCGCUGAAGGUUCGUUCUGUUCCCCUCCAGCCGUACUGUCUGUCCACCUCGAACCGCCGCGGCAGACACGACCAUCUCCAGACCGUAUGGAUUCCCGAUGUCUCCCCGAAUGAGCACAUUUCUCCCGACACCGACUUCUCCAUGUGUGCCGGAGAGUUUGUCGAGGUGUACGGAGGCAGCGAAGGCACUCCAAGCGACAUUCCGGGAGCCUCGCGCCACUUCGACGCGGUGUUAACUUCUUAUUUUCUGGACACUGCGAAGAACGUGCUCCUCUACAUUCGAACAGUUGCCAAGAUUCUGCGGCCGGGGGGACUCUGGGCAAACGUCGGUCCUCUCCUCUACCACUAUGCCGAGAUGCCCUACGAAAUGUCCAUCGAACUGGCCUGGGAUGAACUCGAGGACGUGAUCAAGCGCUGGUUCGACAUCGAAAGGAUCGAAUGGAGAGAUGCGUACUACACCUCGAAUCCAAAGUCCAUGAUGCAAGUUCAGUACCACUGCGUCUACUUUGUGGCGAUUCGGAAUUCGGCUCCGGCGCCGGUUCUCACGCCUCUGCCCGAGACGUGCUAAGCGAAAAGCACCGUUUUUUCACGUGGAGAGAAGGGCGAGUGUCGCCGACUCCCGGGUCCGUCUCUCACAGUCUCUGUCUCGCGCUGUGGCUCUGCUGCCUUUUCUCUUUCUUGCUUCCUUUCUCUCUUUGCUUCAUCCCCUCUCCCUCUUCCUCCGGCCGCGUCUUCUUUCGUUCUCUUCGUGGCUUUUCCUUUCCUUUUGGAGGGCCGCAGGGUCCUUGCGUGUCUGCAUGCCAAGAAAAAAGACCAAAGUUGAUGUGCACCUUCGAAGAGAAGGCGCGUGAGAAGUUCUGGAUACCUGACAAACAAAGACGUUCAAGAACUGAAUGAGCAGUCCACGUUGUAGCAUAUUCUCUUCAGGAAAGACUUGUGAAAUCCAGUCUGUUGUCGCAAGUACGCCAACACCAUAGGCCUGGGAUUCAGUAAACAAAGACCUUCAGGAUGUAAACCAGCAGUGGUGCAUAUGACUGGGUUGCUCCCUAGCGUCUCCUCUCCAUCACAGCGUCUGUUCGUCGCCCUCAGUGGACUUCCCAGUUCUCGCGUUCCUUCCAUCUCGCUGAAAGCGUCCGCUUCCCUCGGCCUCUUCAAAGAGAUUCGUUUGCUCGCGUCCAGUUCACCUUCUUCCCUCCUUCGUUUUUGAGCUUCUCCUAGAAUCCCAAGACCGCACCGACAAUUCCGCGACCGAAACGCAUCCUCGCGGUGUAGUUGUUAGGCGGUGCGCGCGUUCGUUGAUACCUGGAACACCGUAUGACUCGGGACUUUUCGAUUUAACGUAGCA